UGCUUAGAAAUUGGGGCUUGGUUUGGGGGUUCGGUUUUGGUUUUUUUUGGGGAUGGGGGGAGGUGAGGUUUUUCUUAUGCGUUUUGCUACUUUUUGUCUUCUGUUCAAGUUCGACUCACCCACUGAUUUAUAGUAACGCAGGCAGGCCAGUAGUGUCAAAUGCAGUGAUAUCUGUUCUGCUAUCCAUCCUGAUUUUAUUCCCUGUAAGAUGGACGGGCCAGGAGAAUCAAACACAGGGAUGUCCAUCCUAAUAUCCAUCCUGAAUUUAUUCCCAGGAAAAUGGGCGGACCAGGAGUGUCAAACACAGAGAUGCCCAUCCUGAUGCCUUCCCUCACUAACCACUUAAGCUCAGUUUGGCAUCUUGAGCACUGGGCUCUUGGCAGGUGUUUCUGUACCAAUGAUUAAUUUCAGUAGAGUAACCAUCGUGACAGGCAAAUAAAUGCUACAGAAUCUUAGUCCUGCUUAUUUGCAACAAUUCGUGGAGAAAAGACAGCAUACAGCAUUUGCUGACAAGAUUUGUCUCUCCAAUUGAUUGCAGUUAACAUCAUACUUCCUUUAGGCAGAUGAGGAUUAUAGAGCUCUGCCUUCAAGAAGGAAGGCAUUUGCUAAUUGCAUUCAUUAAUUACAUGGACUCUGCUGAAUGGCAUUCUCCAGUGUGGAAAAAUGCAAAAUGUUUGAUUGUGUGUAUUUAUUUGUAAUAGAAACAUAAAGCCUCUGGCCAAUGAUUCAAACAAAGAUUUAGUGGGAGUAUCAGCCUAAAUAGCAAAGUCUGAAGUUACAUCUUAACAUUUUAGUAAGUGAUGAAAUUAAAGCCAGUUCUUAAAGCAGAGGCCUGCACACAAGAAUACCGCUAAACAUGUAUAAAUUUUUUUCUAAAGACACACACAAAUAAAGAUAAACUGAUCUAAUGAAUUACAAAGUAGUAAGACUGUUUCAUUGGCAUAUCCUUCCUGUUGUCCCUUUGUCUAGUUUUAAGGACAACCUGCGCAGCUAUUAGAUAGAGAAGUUGUCCAUGAUUCUUCUGUUGUGAAAAAUUGUCGGGCUGGGAUGAAAGUUGUUUUUCUUCAUACAUCAUUCUGCUGGUUUGUGAAAACCACUGCAGAAGAGAGAAAACAAUUGCAAAACAAUGAGUUCAGUUUCUUGUUUGUUUGUACUUGCAGUCUUGCUGUUGUGGAAGCACAGGCCUGAAAUGCUUCACUGGUUGUCGGUUUCAAGGGAGGUUCAAAAGCUGUGCUCUGAAGCUGGGAAGUCUGAGUUAUUGAAAACAAAUUAGAGAACAAGGCCCUGCAAUGCCAGAGUCUUCCCGCAAAAUCUGAAGAUUCAGUGGAAGAACCCUAAAUGGGAGUAGAUUGCUGUGUGUAUAUCUUCAGGGCAGAGGGAGAGAGAUGUUAAAAGGAAUUGUCACCAUCACUAUGAAAAACCACAUCCUCUGAGUUUGUUUCAAGCUUUGUGCCUCAUCACUUACUGCAGAAAAGCUGUGCUUCAGGCUCUCCUGGGGAAGGCUGGUGUCCUUGGGGAAGCAUGGCCUUCUGUGGCUGGAAGCAGCUGCUCUUCUUGGGCAGGCAGAACACCCUUACCAAGGUGUGGGGAAGCAGGAGGGGAGGCCCCUCUCUGUGCUGGAAGCGUUGCUGCCAUUGGAGCACAGGCAAAUCUCUGGACCCUGAAGUGAGAGCAUUUUUGGAGGAGAACACCGAGGUCACCAACAGCGGGCACCUCACACCAGAGAUCCGGCUGCGCCUCCUCACACCUCACUGCAGGUUCUGGAGAGAAAAACCUGACCUGUGGCCUUAUGGAGACCCCUUCUGGGCAAUUUACUGGCCAGGAGGCCAAGCCCUCUCCAGGUAUAUUUUAGAUAAUCCACAUGUGGUUAAAGGGCGAUCGGUUCUGGAUCUUGGAAGUGGAUGUGGAGCAACAGCAAUAGCUGCUGUGAUGAGUGGUGCAUCCCAAGUCCUUGCCAAUGACAUUGACCCUAUUGCAGGAAUGGCAAUGAUCUUGAACUGUGAACUGAACCACCUAAAUCCCUUCCCCAUCACCAUUAAGAAUAUCAUCAAUUCAGAGGCUGGCAACUGGGACCUCAUAGUUCUAGGAGAUAUGUUUUAUGAUGAACAGCUUGCUGAUGGUCUGCACCACUGGCUGCAGAAGUGCAUCAGGAGUCACCAGACUGAAGUGCUGAUUGGUGACCCUGGCAGACAUCAAUUUUUAAGCCACAGCAUUCACAGUCAGCUGCACAAAGUUAUAGAAUAUUCACUGCCUGAGUAUACAAGACAAGAAAACUACGGGCUAACAUCAAGUAUUGUCUGGAGUUAUCAGCCCUCAAACAGCUUAGACGACUCUUGAAGCUGCCUUUCUAUGGGAUUUUGUCUCACUUGGUUGGCUUUCUGCAGGAGAUGCUGGACAAACUCCAGAAUCAUUCUCAUUUUAUCUGCCAACUAAGAACCAGUUUCAUCUGCCAAACAUGGUAAAAAAAAUCUGAUCCUCAGGUAAGAUGCUUUAACUGUAGCCAUUUGAAGAAGAAACCAAUGCUUUCAGAGCAGUCAAUGCUUAUAGGAACUGUCAACUUCAGCAGUCCAUUAUUGAACAAGCAGUGAUCAGAAGCUAAUAACUGCACCAUAGACCACAGUGCACCUACAACUCUCACACUGCCAGGUGCCGUGGUGGAAGAUUACAAAUAUGAAAAAGCAUGUGGUACUCAGAAAACCAUGGUAUUCAGGAAGUAGGAGGUUUAGGAGCACAGUCAGACAUACAUGGUUCUAUAAUCCAACAAGUUUUCAGAACUAUUCAAAUAGCCAACUUCUAAACUUUAAUCUUCAGAACAAUGCAUGAAUGUUCUGCAAGGCUCACAACAAUAUCAAUAUCCAAGCAAUAGAGAAUACAAAGUUGUAAAUGCAUCCAUGGUACUUCACCCAGUGCCAGUAAACAUUUGAUGAAAUUACUGUAAAUCAGAAAACAUUCCAGUGGAGUUAUGCAAAUACUAAACAUGUAAGGGCAGACUCAAGCUCUAAGGCUAAAGGAUUUAAAAUAACUUAUAUUAAACUUUGAAACCUAAAACUACAGUGUUACCUUGUUGCAGUGUUUUACAGCUUUUUAAGCACCAGGUGAGGAUGUACCACUAUGUUACACACUGAGAAGAGGCUGUAGAGGAAGAUGGUAAAUAUACAGGCACACUUAAGGACACAGUAUAAGCUGCAUUUGCCUUCAACAUGACAAAUCCAAGGUUAUAUUAGCAAGGAGAAAAAGGACAACUUUGCCACUGAGGUCAGCAGUAGUAUUGUUUCAGAGAGCUGCCUAAACAGCUGUAUGACUCAAUAUCAAAAAUAGUGCAACACAUAUUUAUUGUCUAGGAGUUCAAAGGAAUGAUGGGCCCUGAUCGAUCCUAGAGAUUCCACAGGGCACAACAAUAAACUACUCAGCAACAAAAAACAAACAAACAAACAACAAAAACAGAAAAGCAAAAAAACCUCCACAAAACAAAACAAAACAAUU